AUCAUGAACGAAAACGAAAGGCAAUUUUGCUUUUGUUUAUAAGUAUCCUCAUGAAUUAAGAAUUAUUAUAGUUUUAUAAAUUAAAUAUGGAGUACACGAUACAACGAUAAAGUGCUACGAAGAGUGUGAAACUAUACGUUAUUACUGCAUUAUAUAAAAUGUUUAUACGGUGUCAUGUCAUUUUGCGAUCCAAGAUGUAUAGCCACCGAAGUACCACCGGCUCGCAGCUCACACUUUAGUUUUGGCCUCGGUGGUGGUAUAACGUUUUAGCUGUGUAAAAUCGAACGAUACAAAACAAUGUUAUCGAACUCGUAUCUAUGUUCGAUAAUCGAAAGACGAUAAUAUCCUAAUAAACUCGACAUUAUAUUUUAAUUGAUAAGCUGUGCGCUCUUCAAUGUAGCGAAAAUAAUUUCUAACAAGUCAGUGCGUGAAGAUAUUUUUGUAAAAAUGAGACAUGCAUUCGAACGAAAUGCAAAAAAGUGUAUCAGUGCAAGUAGAUAGUGAUUUUGCUCUUUUUCUGCCAAGCGGUGCAUACGAAAUUACAAAAAUGGAGCCAAGAUCAAAACUGAGAAAAGUAAUAUUCUUUUGUUUACUACUUUCACUGUUUGGAAUGGUGGCCUUUGGAUAUUUCUGCCCUGAUCAAGUAUGCGCGUUGUCUCCCAGAGAGAGGAUGUCAGAGUCAUACGCUCUGACGUUCGCGGAGGCUCUCGGCCGGCCCCUACCCGAUCUGAUCGCCCAACCUGGACUAUCAUAUGAUGAGGUUCUCCAUGAUGACUUCAGAUUCGACCUCGACGCUCAUGAUGUAAUGGUCUUCUUACAUAUACAGAAGACAGGCGGCACGUCGUUCGGAAAACAUCUAGUCAUGGAUCUAGAUUUAAAGAGACCGUGCAACUGUCAGCGGGCGCGAAAACGGUGCCAUUGUUUUCGGCCGCACAGCAACGAAAUAUGGCUGUUUUCGAGAUACUCAACAGGCUGGAAAUGCGGUCUUCACGCAGACUUUACGGAGCUGACGGCGUGUGUGGGCGGAGAACUGGACCGGCACGAAGGCUCCGCGGUACACAGGAGAUACUUCUAUAUUACCUUGUUACGGGAACCGGUGGCUAGGUACUUGUCGGAGUAUCGGCACGUGAAGCGCGGCGCCACGUGGAAAGGCUCCCGCCACUGGUGUCAAGGUCGGACAGCUACAGCAUCUGAAGUGCCUCCUUGCUACACUGGAGAGUCAUGGCGCGGCGUGACAUUAGAAGAGUUCGCUUCAUGCCCCUGGAAUUUGGCCAACAACCGGCAGACGCGAAUGCUGGCUGACCUGGCGCUGGUGGGCUGCUACAACGGCACACUGCGACACCGCACGGCUGAUUCAGACCGAGUGCUACUCGCAUCGGCUAAAAGGAACCUUGCUGCGAUGUCGUACUUCGGCCUCACAGAGUUCCAAAAGAUAUCUCAAUACGUGUUCGAGGAGACGUUCAACCUUCGUUUCGCGGUGCCGUUCGCACAGCACAACGCGACGGUGUCAGCGGCCACGCUAGCCGCGCUCUCGCCUGCCCAGGUGGCCCGAGUACGACGCCUCAACGCCCUCGAUCUCGAGCUUUACGAUUUCGCUAAGAACUUGAUGCUUAAGAGGUUUGAAGCUUUAAAAAAGCGCGACUCAGACUUCGAUUAUCGAUGGAAGCAUCUCGGCGAAGUGUCGCCUCGCAGUGGCGUUACCGAGUUUGAUUGGGACAGUAACUUAGAAGACGCCACUACGGAGAAGUAUCGAGGCAAGUAAAUAUCGAUAAAUGCAGAAGAAAAUAUCGACAAGUGACGACACUAACAUUUUAAAUUGCACAAACACAUCUCGGUGAUGUGAAGCUAAAAGUGACAUUUGUUAAAACAUCGCUGCUAGUCAACUAUUACAUAGUAGUAGAGUUUCGCAGCGUUAAGUGUGAUCCAAUGUGUUCGUUCCGGAAUUAAUCUGUUGCAAGGUUCACUUUGUAAAAUCGGAUUUAUGUUUAUUCCGAAAAUUAGUUAUAUGUAUAAUAUAGGAUCUUGUAUAUCUGUAAAAUUUGAUAUGCUAUUCCAUGGCAGCUAGUAUUAAGUUUGUUCUCAUGUAAAAAUUAGGACUUAAUUUUAGUAUACCAUUGCAGUUUUAACUAUGAUGUUCCUUAGUGUUGGCAACUAUUAAUUAAUUAACUUUUAUUAUUUUAAAGUCAUUCCAUUUUUUUUAAUUGGGCAUUUAAGUUCUAUUUUUUAUUACCAAAGUAAUGUAAAUCGAUACAUCAUAAAAUCGAUUCCGUAACGUGUUUCACUCGAUAUAAACUGUCAAAUGAUGACUGAUUAAUAAUUUACACCCUUUAAUUUCCGAUUCGAUUAAAAUCAUUGAAUUAUCUGAAACCUUUGCAAUUUAAAUUGUUAAUCGAAUUUUAUUAAGUUUUAUCGCGUAUUAAGAUUCAAAUUUUUAUUCCUACAAAUUAUAAAAUAAGAUUUUUUGCGAUUUUUUUUAAUUUAUAUUUUUUUAAAUCUACAAGUUGUGCUAAAUCCAUCCCUAUUAAUAGUUUAUUCGUUUUUUAUAUAUAGGAUGCUAUUUAGUAUUAAUGAAUUUGUUGGUUGAGUGAAGAAUGAUAGAUACAGGGUAGGUGACGCGUUCAGAAUAAAAGCCCAACGAAUUGUAAUCUUUUAAGUAGUUAGUAUGGUAAUUUAGCGAGGUGCAAAUAACAAUAAUUAAUAAAUUAUACAUCAUCAUCAGCU